AACAUACAUCACCAGAGUAAAUAGCACUAAUCACUAUGCAUUCUCUAACUCUCUCUCUAACUUGAUAUUGCUCCUUUCAUUUUUUCCUCCAAAAUAGAAACAAAGCAGAGAUAACAGUGAUUCUGAUACCAGCACUUUCCACUCGCCGGAAAAUGCAUUAAUUACAGAACCUUCUUCUUCACACCACCGCCAUAAAAUGCGCCAAUCACUUCUCUCCAACCACCAACCAGACGCUAACGCUAACGCUAACAGCAGCAACAACAACAGUUCAGAAAACCAACAACCGCCGCCGGCUGUUGUUGCCGGCCGUGGCCGGUCUCAUCUCGGAAGCCGGAGAGUCUCACCUACAAGCAUAACAAUCGAGUUCGAAACGAAAAGAAUCGCGAAGAAGCUAUUACCGAACGGUGAUUCUUACAUGGGGAGUUUCUCCGGUAACGUACCGAAUGGAUCGGGGAAAUACGCAUGGAGUGAUGGAUGUGUUUACGAAGGAGAGUGGAAACGAGGAAAAGCUUCCGGGAAAGGAAAAUUCUCGUGGCCUUCCGGAGCUAUCUACGAAGGGGGAAUUAAGCUAGGUCGAAUGGAAGGGUUUGGGACGUUCACCGGAUCCGACGGAGAUAGUUAUAGAGGUUCAUGGAGCUCCGAUGUAAAGCACGGGUAUGGACAGAGGCGUUACGUUAACGGAGAUUAUUACGAAGGUUGGUGGAAAAAGAAUGUUCAAGAAGGAAACGGAAGGUACGUUUGGAGGAACGGGAAUGAGUAUAUUGGGGAAUGGAAGAACGGUGUUAUUAACGGAAGAGGUACUCUUGUUUGGUUGAAUGGGAAUCGUUAUGAAGGUGAAUGGGAGAAUGGUGUUCCCAAAGGGCAAGGUGUGUUUACUUGGCCUGAUGGAAGUUGCUAUGUUGGGAAUUGGAAUAAUAAAGAUGUGAAGAUGCAUUUGUUGAAUGGGACUUUUUAUUCUGGGAAUGGACCUUUGUUUGGGGAUGAUUUUGCUAUAACAAUGAGGAAAAGGUCUUCGGUUGAAGUUGAAGGUGAAAAGAAUUUUCGGAAGAUUUGUAUAUGGGAAUCUGAUGGAGAAGCUGGUGAUAUAACUUGUGAUAUAAUUGAUAAUGUGUCAAUUUUGAAUAGGAUUGGGAGUGAAACUGUGUCAGAUCCACAAGAGAUUAAGCAGUUUCAGCGUAAUCCUUAUUGUUUGGCUUCUGAGGUUAAGAGACCUGGUGAGACUAUAUCUAAGGGGCAUAAGAAUUAUGAGCUUAUGCUUAAUCUGCAAUUGGGUAUUAGGCACUCUGUUGGUAAGGAAGCUUCUAUAUCGAGAGAGCUAAAACCGAGUGAUUUUGAUUCGAAGGAGAAGUUUUGGACUAGGUUUCCUUCUGAAGGUUCUAAGAUUACGCCACCACAUCAAUCAAUGGAAUUCCGUUGGAAGGACUACUGCCCUAUGGUUUUUAGACAAUUGAGGAAGCUAUUUCAGGUAGAUCCUGCUGAUUACAUGUUAGCUAUAUGUGGGAAUGCUGCCCUUAGGGAGCUUUCAUCUCCUGGCAAAAGUGGAAGUUUCUUCUACUUGACCCAAGAUGACAGAUAUAUGAUAAAGACAGUGAAAAAAUCUGAAGUCAAGGUACUUCUUCGGAUGCUUCGAAGUUAUUAUCAACAUGUUUCUCAGUAUGAGAAUUCGCUUGUGACAAAGUUCUAUGGGGUACACUGUGUCAAACCAAUUGGAGGCCAGAAGACUCGGUUCAUUGUGAUGGGCAAUCUUUUCUGCUCAGAAUAUCCAAUCCAUAGACGAUUUGACUUGAAGGGAUCUUCACAUGGCCGUACAACAGAUAAGGCUGAAGAAGAGAUUGAUGAAACUACCACCCUCAAGGACCUGGAUCUCAAUUUUGUGUUUCGCCUGCAAAGAAGUUGGUUCAAGGAUCUCAUCAAACAAAUGGAACGGGAUUGUGAGUUUUUGGAAGCCGAGGGAAUUAUGGAUUACAGUCUUUUGAUUGGCAUUCAUUUUCGUGAUGAUAAUACAUAUGACAAAAUGGGAUUGUCACCGUUUCUUUUACGAACUGGCAAGCAGGACUCUUAUCAGAGUGAAAAGUUUAUGCGUGGUUAUCGCUUCCUUGAAGCAGAGCUACAGGAUAGGGAUCGAGUCAAAUCUGGCCGGAAAUCCUUGAUUAGGUUAGGAGCUAAUAUGCCUGCAAGAGCAGAGCGCAUGGCUCGGAGGAGUGAUUUUGACCAGUACACCAGUGGUGGUAUCAGCCAUUUUACUCCUUAUCGCAUUGGAGAGACCUAUGAUGUUGUUUUAUAUUGUGGGAUUAUCGACAUUUUGCAAGAUUUUAACAUCAGCAAGAAGCUGGAACAUGCAUACAAGUCCUGGCAGGUUGACCCUUCAUCUAUCUCAGCCGUUGAUCCAAAGCUCUACUCGAAGAGGUUUCGUGAUUUUGUUGGGAGAAUAUUCAGCGUAGACCGGUAGCCGCAUCCAGUAGGGAAGAAUGUGUAAACGCUGUCACAAUGUUUGAAGUUGCAACUAUUAUCCAGGAAAAAAAAGCUGGAAAUUGAUUCAGUUAUCGGUAUCGGCGAGCAUGCAAUCGACAGUUUGAUUCACAGGUUAUAUUGAGAAUCUAAUCUGCAUGCUGUAUCUUUGUGGGAAAUUUUGAAGGUUAUUGCCAUAAUGAUGGGUUCAUUGAAGGCAGGGAGAUCUUUGUAUAUGGAAGGUGGUGGAAAUGAUCUCUGCCUUUUUUCCUUGUUUUUCCAUUGGUUGGUUAGAUUUGUAAAUUCUUUUGUAGGAUAUGGUAUUAUGAAUGUAAAAAAAAAAUGAUACGUAGAAGAGAAAUGAAAUUAUGAAAAUGCUUUCAGAGGCAGGAA